AGAAAAAAUAAAGACAAACAUGUCUGAAACAGGAUGAAGCUGAGCAGUGGAUGACAGAAUUUUCAUUUUGGGUGAACUGUACCUUUAAGCAGGCUGGUCUUUUACCCCUGUGGCUCCGCCUCCUCCUGAUGUAGCUUGGUAACCAGUGUAAACACAGACUCAGUCCACUCCCCCUGAUGGCUGCUCUGGAGUCUCUGCUGGAGGAUAGUCAGUCUGCGUUCAGUCGACUGAUGGAGAAACACAGGAGCAGCAGGAAGAAGUUUCUGUUACACAGGCUGGUUGUUGCCGCUCGUCUCUCCUGCACACUGGAGGACAGGUCGACUGUAGCAGCUCACUAUGAGAAGCUGAAUAUGAGCGUUCAGAGGAGCCGUCCGGGGGAAGAGCUCACGGGUCUCCUGCUGCUUUACCCACAACACACACUGCACGUCAUCGAGUGUUCAACAGAGGCUCUGCUGUCCGUCCUGCAGGAUCUGAGACACUUGGAGGAAAACCCAAACAGCGCUCUGAUCCUGCAUCCCAGAAUCCUCCUGGUUUCCCAUGAUCUUUCCUGCAGACUCUUCCAGCAGUGGUCCUGCAUAAUGUUGAGUGAGUCUGAGAGCCGGAGAACAGAAGCUUCAGAGGAGCAGAACUCAGACAAACUGCUGAACCAGACCAUAAAGCAGCUGCUGCGGCUCGGCUGCCACCUGUACAACACACAGCACAGCACGGGGUCUACAAUGCUGACUCCUGACGAAGUGCUGAAGGAUGCAUCAGAUGUUGUUCCUCCAGCGGCCGCAGUGUAUCGCCUGCUCCAGAUGGAGGCGCUGUUGAGUCCUGCGCGCUACAUCGGCACAUACCACUCACCAAUACACCAACCACUCGACUCCGAGUCUGUGUGGCCUGCAGUGGAGCAUCUUCAGAUUGUUUGAAGAUUUUCAUUAACAUUUUACCACAAAAAAAGUUUCAAUACUUCUAAUAUCAGCUGAUAAAUAUGAUGCACAGUGCACAUAUUUUAAUGCAUUAAUGAUUCAGUUAUAAUCUCAUGAAUAAUUAU